UCAACGGACACUUGAAUUUAUUUGCAUUAUCGUUUAAAUGAUUAAAAUAAAUAAAUACGAUAGAGAAACAGACAAGAUUUCUACAUUUUCGUUUAUGUUUAUGUUUACAGAUCGAUUUAGAAAAGCAAAUAUGAUAGACGUAGUGCCAGAAAGAGGUGAACAAGAAAUAGCCCUAUCGGAAAGUUCUUUGAGAGAUGCUACGGAAACUAAAUAUGCACCUGUAUAUAUUCAACCCAUCGAGGAUAAUUACGAACUUACACCCAUUCAAAAAUUUUACAGUGGUCAAAGUAUUUUUAUAACUGGUGGAACAGGAUUUAUAGGAAAGUUAUUGAUCGAGAAAUUGUUAAGAGAAUGUCCCGGUAUCGCUUGCAUUUAUCUUUUGAUACGUACAAAAAAAGGAAAAAGUGUGCUUCAACGCAUGAAAGAACUAAUUGAAAAUUCUUUAUUUUCCACUUUGAGAGAGAAACAACCAAGAUUCCAGAAUCGUAUAGUCCCAAUCAAGGGCGAUUGUAGAUUGCCGAAUCUCGAUAUUUCAAUGAUCGAUAGAGCUACAUUAAUACGCGAGGUCUCAAUUAUUUUUCAUGUCGCCGCAACCGUCAAGUUCAACGAGAAAAUAAAAUUGGCGACAGAAAUCAACGUUGGAAGUGUAAAGGAUAUAAUAAAUUUGUCCAAAGAAAUGUCAAAACUGAAGAGUGUUGUGCAUGUAUCAACGGCUUAUUCCAAUUGUUUUCAUAUUCCACUUAUAGGUAGAGAGAAAUUUUAUGACCCACCGAUAGAUCCCGACAAGUUGAUAAAUUUGGUGGACUGUAUAAAUGAAAAAUUGCUCGACGAUAUUACCCCACAAUUACUCGGAAAAUGGCCAAAUACUUAUGUUUAUACGAAAACAGUCGCAGAGAAUCUUAUAAAAAAGCGUGCUGACUCUAUACCGAUUGGAAUAUUUCGUCCAGGAAUUGUAAUAUCCACGUACCGAGAACCUAUCCGAGGAUGGAUCGACAACAAGAACGGACCAAUAGGAAUUACAACAAGUGUUUUUAUGGGAUUAAUGCGAACUCACUAUUGUGAUGGAUCGAUAAAUGUGGAUUUCGUGCCUGGAGAUUUUACCACUAAUGGAAUAAUCGCUAGCGCAUGGGAAAUUGCAAAUAAUCGAAAAAUACGUAAUCUUUUUAGAUCCAAUCAAGAUAUUCCCAUUUACAAUUACAUAUCAAAGGACAAUCCAUUCACUUACGGCAGAUUUUUAGAAAUGAUACUUACGUAUGGAGAAUUGGUACCUUUUGAAAAGGCAAUUUGGUGCCCUAUCUUUGAAAUAACAAAAUAUCGGUCGAUCUAUCUUUUCUACGUAUAUUUUUUACAUUUACUACCAGCUCUUAUAAUCGAUACAUUCUCUUUGUGCAGAGGUAAAAACCCAAGGUUACUCAGAAUGUACAAUAAAAUUCACGAAAUGUCAAAUCUACUUAGUUAUUUUUCUAUAAACGAAAAAAAAUUUACAAAUAGAAGAUGGAACGAAUUG